UAUUAAUACUCAUAAUUGGACAAAUACAAAAAAUGUGAGCCCUGCCGCAUGUCAAAAGAAAUCUGUGAUUCUUAAGCUCUUAAUUUUGCUGCUUUUGUAUAAGUAAAGUAAGGAAGAUAAAGAUUUAAACUUUACAUUUGGUUAACAGAAAUAUGCAGAGCUUCAAAUCAACAUCUAUUUUGAGGCGUUUUCUGCAGAAAUCCCGGUUGGUUUCUCAGUCCAGAAGCUUUUGCGGUGUUUCUAGCCAUGUCAUAAUCGAUGAACCCGAAAGCACAGUUUUAGUGGAGGGGAAAGCUUCUUCAAGAACAGCAAUUCUUAACAGACCCCAUGUGUUAAAUGCCAUCAAUUAUUCAAUUGGGUCAAGGUUGAUGAAGCUGUACAAAAGUUGGGAGGAUGAUCCUGAUAUUGGAUUCGUGGUAUUGAAGGGAAAUGACAGGGCAUUUUCUGCUGGGGGUGACAUUGUCUCUCUUUAUAAUUUGCUAAAACAAGGGAAUUUUCAAGACUGUAAAGAAUUCUGUUGGACAAUGUAUAGCUUAGUAUAUGUUAUUGGCACAUACUUGAAGCCACAUGUUGCUCUUUUGAAUGGAGUUACCAUGGGUGGUGGGGCUGGCAUCUCAAUUCCCGGAACUUUCCGCGUCGCAACUGAAAAAACUGUUUUUGCCACACCAGAAACAUUGAUUGGUUACCAUCCUGAUGCUGGGGCAUCAUUUUACCUUUCUCGCCUCCCUGGUUAUUUGGGAGAAUACCUGGCCCUAACUGGAGAUAAGAUCAGUGGAGCAGAAAUGAUUUCCUGUGGGCUUGCUACACACUACUCACACAGUGCAAAAAUUCCCUUAAUUGAGGAACAACUUGGAACGUUGAUUACUGAUGAUCCCUCAGUGAUUGAAAGAUCUCUUGAAAAUUGGGGAGAGAUUGUCCAUCCAGAUCCGGCGAGUAUACUUCACAGGAUUGAAACUCUUGAUAAAUGUUUCAGCCAUGACACAGUCGAAGAAAUUAUUGAUGCAUUGGAGAGCGAGGCAGCCAAGCAAGAUGCAUGGUGUGUUGCAACAUUGAGAAAACUACAAGAAACAUCCCCACUGAGUUUGAAGGUUUCACUGAGAUCUAUCCGCGAAGGUAGACAUCAAACUCUGGACCAGUGCCUAAGGCGUGAGUAUCGAAUGUCAGUACAAGCUUUAUCUGGACAAAUAACUAGUGACUUCUGUGAGGGGGUUCGUGCACGGCUUGUGGAUAGAGAUCUUGCACCUAAGUGGAAUCCUCCAACCUUGGAAAAAGUAACCAAUGACAUGGUAGAUCAGUACUUUUCUCCGCUAACAGCAUUUGAGCCUGAACUGGAGCUACCAACACAACAGCGAGAAGCAUUUACAUAACUUUUGGGUAGGGAAACUUUUCAACUUUGAAGAUAACAGAAGAAAAUAGGAAAAUGAGAAAGAAAAUAUGUGAAUAUCAGUUGUCUUUUCUUCACAUUACAAAAACUGAGCAAUUCAGUCUUGAUAUAGUUGCAUUUGCAAAUAUGUUCUUUUCUAUAUUGAAAAAAACCAAUGAUAUGCCUUGGCAAAUCGCACAAAUGAUAUGACUGCUUAUUCUUUUUUUCAUCUUCUUGUCUUAGCAGAUUCUCGGAGUAAUUUACCUUGUAUACAUCGAUAGUAUUACAAAAAUAUAUAUUCAGUU